GGCAAACCGUGCGCCCUCGUUCCAAACGUCCACUGGCCGAGAGCAGGACGAGGAGAGCGGAGCCCAGGGCUCCAGCUUGGAGGCCACAAACCCACAAGCCGAGUCACUGCUGAGAGCCCGAUGGCCCGGUAGACCUGCGAGGAGCGGGGGGCGCCUGGUCGCCCUUCCUCCCUGAGCCUCCCACGGAUCCCAACAGAGCCCACGAUGCCGCCGUCGUUAGCGACCAACAGAGUCUCCCUCCGGGAGCUGGCCGACCUGGCAAUCGGCACUCCGGAAGUGGGAGCGGUGAACUUCACGGCCCUGCACACACUGAUAGUGGCCAUGCUCAAGAGCCUCAACCUCCAAGGGGUACUUAUUGACUUCCACUCCCCGUCGGCUGAGUCUGGCCGCUCCCUUGAUGUGGUCCGAAGCUCCCUUAGCACCCCGCAUGUGUCAAGCAGCAAAGAGAGGCGCCGGAGUCUGUCCAGACCGUCCCUGCCUCCGCAGACGCUGGAGAGCCAGGUGAAGGACCUGGGCACCCAGGUACUGGACCUCAGCCAGCAGAUUAAGAACAUGGACAACAAAGUGCAGGGCAUUGCCACACACAUGGAGCACAUCUCCGGAGUCUCUGACCUCUACCCGGAGUUCCAAAGGCUGGAAGAGGAGAUGACUCUGGUGCCCCCACAGGCAUCCCCACAGACAUCUCCACGUAUAUCCUCACAGAUAUCCCCACAGAUAUCUCCGACAAAGUCCACCCGGAUCUACGAAGCCAUAGAGAUACAGGAGAAGCCUGAGGCCACACUUGGGGUGUCCCCCCAGGUGACACAAUCAAGGCUCUCAAAGACUCAGAAAGAUAUCAGCCCAUCCAAGCCCAUGAAUGUGCUCCAAGACAUCGUAGAAGACAUAAAAGUCCUGAAAGAAGCCCACCGGAAGGUGCAGGCUGAACUGAGUGCCCAGGAGCUCCUUCAGCGUGUUAAUGAACUGGAGAGGGUGGUCAAAGACCGUGAGGAGUAUCUGGAUCAAUUAAGUCGGAGGCUGAAUCUUGCUCCGGGUACUGAAGAAAUCACCAUGGUCACCUGGGAAGAGCUGGAACAAGUGAUCAGUGAUGGUUGGAAGGCCUCAAGAGGGAGCUCAGAUUCAUCAACAGCAACAUUUGGCAGGCACAAAAUGACAUCAUUGACAUCAAAUGAGUUUCCCAGUGGAAUAUUUCCCAAGGCCUUCACUGCUGACCAGGCUCGGGUUUCCAGUGGGGGCCCAGAACAGAUCUUAACCAGUGGCGUAGAACACCCCACUGAAAGAAUAAUUAGAGGAGAUGAGAGUGCUGGAUUUCGAGAUCUGCACCCAGGGGCCCGCGAGCCAUCCCAUAUCACCGCAGAAACAGAUCGCCAGAGGCCUGGGGACUAUGUAGCUUCCACACGUCAAAGAAGAGAUGAACAACAGCCUGGCCCAACUCCACAGGGCUUACUCCCAGCCAGAGACCAGUAUGGUGGGGUGCCCGUUAGUCCAGUCUACCCAACUCCAGAUGUGCAUGGGAUUGGAGCGUUUGUCACGGAUCAGCCUGCAGUCCUGUACCCUGGCACUUACCCUCAUGCUGUGGUGCCCUUCACUAUGGGUCAGCUUGGUGUGUUACCACCAGAAAUGGAUGACCAGGGAUUGGUACCUUUCGGUAUGGAUCAGAGUGGUGUGCUGCCACCAUCGGUGCCUGACAGGGGUCAACAAGGACUGGAAAGACUUCGUACAGCUCAGCUUGCUACAGUUCCAUUCAGCACAUAUCAGCAAGUUAUGAUGCUUCCUAGAACAGACCAACAUGGCAUGGAACAGGCUGCCAUGUAUGACAGUGGUCUGGGACCAUGGGACAUGGAUAGGCAAGGGUUGAUACCAGUUGGCAUAGAUCAGCAUGGAUUUGUAAUAUUAGGCACAGGUCAGCAAGGGCUGAUUCCCCCUGGUGUGGAUCAGCAGGGAUUGGUAAUGCCUGGCAUAGACCAGCAUGCAUUCCCUCCAUCUCUUCCAGAUCAAUAUGGCUUGGUGUCACCUGGUCUGACACAAGUGGGUAUAGAUCAACAAGGUUUUGGGCAGCCCAGCUCAGAAGCACCAGGCUUCAUACAACCUGGUAUAGAUCAGCNCGGCGUGGUGCAGCCCGGUGCAGAUCAGCGCGGCGUGGUGCAGCCUGGUGUAGAUCCACGUGUUUUGAUGAGGCCUGAACCAGACAGGCGUAGUUCAGAACCUGCUAGGACAGAUAGGCCGAGUUUGGUACAGUCUGUUGUAGAUCGGCGUAGUUCAGAGCCCUUGCCGGCAGAUCGGCGGGGUCUGGGGCAGCCUGGGGCAAGUGGGAGAGGUUUAGCACCUCCUGGAGCGGCUAGGCAGAGUUUACUACAGCCAGGGGCAGAUCAACGUGGUUUGGUACAGCCUGGAACAGACCAACCAGGGGCAGUCCAGCCCGGCCCGGUGGAACCAGGGGCAGUCCAGCCCGGCCCGGUACAACCAGGGGCAGUCCAGCCCCGCCCUGUGCAGCCAGGGGCAGUCCAGCCUGGUCUGGUGCAACCAGGUGCAAUUCAACCUGGCAUGAUGCAGCCAGGUGCAAUUCAACCUGGCAUGAUGCAUCCAGGUGCAAUUCAACCUGGCAUGAUGCAACCUCUUGGUGCAGGUCAGCCUAGCUUGAUUCAACCUGGUGUAUAUCCACCUGGUUUGGCACGACUUGGUGCAGGUCAACAAGGUUUAGUGCAACCUGGCACAGGUCAGCCUGUUUGGGUUCAACCGAGCACAGAUCAACAUGGCUGGAUACAACCUGGUGCAUUUCUGCCUGGUUUGGUACAACCUAGUGUAGCUCAACAUGGUGUGGUACAACUUGGAAUGGAUCACCAUAGAUUGGUACAACCAGGUGCAGUUCAGCAUAGGCUGGUACAGCCAGAUGCAUAUGCACCUGGGUUGAUGCAACUUGGUGCAAUUCAGGAUAGUUUGGUACAACCUGAAAUACAUCAGCGUGGUUUUGUGCAGCCUGGUGCAGAUCAGCUUGAUAUGGCACAACCAGGUGCAGUCCAGCCAGGCCUGGUGCAACCAGGUGCAGUCCAGCCAGGCCUGGUGCAACCAGGGGCAGUCCAGCCAGGCCUGGUGCAACCAGGGGCAGUCCAGCCAGGCCUGGUGCAACCAGGGGCAGUCCAGCCAGGCCUGGUGCAACCAGGUGCAAUUCAACCUGGCAUGGUGCAACCAGGUGUAGAUCAGCGUGGCCUGGUGCAACCUGGGGCAUUUCCUAGUGGUUGGGCACAGCCUGAAACAUACUCACCUGGCUUGGUUCAACCUGGUAUAGGUCAAUAUGGUUUGGUUCAGGCAAGAGCUGAUCAAUAUGGUUUUAUGCAGCCAAGUGAAGCACAACAUGGUUUACUCCAACCUGGUGGAGAUCAACAUGGAUUGAUGCAACCUGACAUAGAUCGACUUGAUUUGAUGCAACCUGGAAUGGAUCAUGGUGGUUCAGUACAACCUGGUGCAGAUGAGAGUAGCUUAGCCCAACCUGGAAUGGGUCAGCAGGGUUUGGCACAACCUGGCAUGGAUCAGCGUGAUUUGGCACAACCUGACUUGGCACGACCUGGAGCACUUCCACAUGGCUCAGUGCAACUUAGUGCAGACCAGUCUGGCUUGGCACAGCCUAGAGUAUACCAGAGUGGUUUGGUGCAGCCUGCCAUGGACCAGCAUGGCUUAGCACAACCUAGGAUGUAUCAGUAUGGUUUUGUGGAAUCUGGUGCAGUUCAGCCGAGGCUGGUGCAGCCUGUCGUGGAUCAGCGUGGCCUGAUGCAGCCUGGAGCAGUUCAGCAGAGGCUGGUGCAGCCUGUCGUGGAUCAGCGUGGCUUAAAGCAGCUUGGAGCAGUUCAGCCUAGGCUGGUGCAGCCUGUCAUGGAUCAGCGUGUCUUAAAGCAGCUUGGAGCAGUUCAGCCUAGGCUGGUGCAGCCUGUCAUGGAUCAGCAAGGUCUGGUGCAGCUUGUCAUGGAUCAGCGUGGCUUAACGCAGCCUGGAAUAGUUCAGCCUAGGCUGAUGCAACCUGUCGUGGAUCAGCAUGAUCUGGUGCAGCCUGUCAGGGAUCAGCAUGGUCUGGUGCAGCCUGUCAGGGAUCAGCAUGGUCUGGUGCAGCCUGUCAGGGAUCAGCAUGGUCUGGUGCAGCCUAUCAUAGAUCAGCGUGACCUGGUACAACCUGGCAUGGAUCAGCCAAGUUCAGUGCAGCCUGGCAUGGAUCAGCAUGGCUCUCAGCAGCUUGGGGAAGAAAGGAGUGAUUCACAGCAGCCUAGCAUGGAUCAGAGUGACUCACUGCAGCCUGGGGCAGAUCAGCCUGGCUUGUUGCAGCCUGGGGCAGAUCAGCCUCGCUUGUUGCAGCCUGGAACAGAUCAGCCUGGCUUGUUGCAGCCUAGGACAGGUUGGCUUGGUAUGAUGCAGCUAGGAAGACUUCAACCUGGUGCAAUCCCUCAGGGCUUGGUUCAGCCUGGUGCAGGCCCUCUUGGCUUAGUUCAGCCUGGUGCAGGCCCUCUUGGCUUGGUUCAGCCUGGUGCAGGCCCUCAUGGUUUGGUUCAGCCUGGCAUAGGCCCUCUUGGCUUGGUUCAGCCUGGUGCAGGCCCUCAUGGUUUGGUUCAGCCUGGCACAGGCCCUCAUGGUUUGGUUCAGCCUGGCAUAGGCCCUCAUGGUUUGGUUCAGCCUGGCAUAGGCCCUCGGGGCUUGGUCCAGCCUGGCGCAGGCCCUCAGGGAUUGGUCCAGCCUGGCGCAGGCCCUCAGGGAUUGGUCCAGCCUGGUGCAGGCCCUCAGGUCCAGCCUGGUGCAGGCCCUCAGGUUCAGCCUGGUGUGCACAUGGCUCCACUUGGUACAUAUCCAUCUGGUUCUAAACAAACCAUUACUAGUCAGCCAAGCUUCAUAGCAUCAGGCAUAGAGCUUCAUGGCUUUCCAGAUUCAUAUCAGCGGCAAAUGCUAACUUCUGAACCAGUACAAGGCCAAGCUGGGCAAGAUAUACUUCCCGUCCUGGAUCAGGACUCGGACCAACAAGUUCCAGGUGAAGGCCCAACAAUCCCAGGUACAGUUCAGUACGAUCAAACACAGGCUGUCCCGAGUCACGGUGGCCCAGAACCCAGAGCUUACACAUCUGGCCACAUGAUUUGGGAUCCGAGCAGGAAACUUACCUCAGUCCAAUUUGAAUUGGCUACCCCAGGGGGCUCACACCAAGCUACCACUGACUCCAGGAUUCGAGACUUGAGCUAUCUCCACCGAUUCUCAUCAGCAAGUGAGACCCGCAGUGAUCGACAGGAGUCCCUGGAAAAACUGGCUCCCAGCUUUCCCAUGGCAAUGGAGACUUUCCGUCUGAUGGGCGAGAUCAUUGGCAUUUAUGUGGAACUGAAGGAUCGCAUGAAGGACUUGGAUGAGGAGCACGCCGGCCAGACUGACUUGGAGAAAAUCCAGUACCUGCUCUCCAUGAUGGUCAAGAAGACCAUACCUCAGGACCUGCAAGACCAGCUGAAGAGCCUAAAGGCCUUGAACAGAGAAGUUCGGCAGGACAAGGCCAAACUAGAAAAGAUCCAGAAGUUGCUGGAUACCGAAGGCUCUACAACGAAGGAUGUGAAGCCUAGUCAUCUGAGCCUGCAGCUGGGCAUCCUCAGAGUCACCGUGUCUGACAUCGAGAAGGAGCUGUCUGAGCUGAGGGAGAGCCAAGAGCGAGGCAAGGCCGCCAUGGAGAAUUCAGUCUCCGAAGCCUCUCUCUACCUGCAGGAUCAGCUGGACAAGCUCAGAACCAUCAUCGAAAGCAUGCUGAGCUCCUCCUCCACGCUGCUGUCCAUGAGCAUAACCCCACACAAGUCGACGAGCACCCUGGUGCCUGGCCAGAUCGACCCUGAGGCCACCUGUCCAGCCUGCAGUCUGGAUGUGAGCCAUCAAGUCAGUCUGCUGGUACAGCGUUACGAGCAGCUACAGGAUAUGGUCAGCGGCCUGGCUGCCUCCAGGCCCUCCAAGAAGGCCAAGCUGCAGAGCCAGGAUGAAGAGCUGCUGGGCCACGUGCAGAGUGCCAUCCUGCAGGUUCAGGGUGACUGUGAGAAGCUCAACGUCACUACCAGCAACCUCAUUGAGGACCAUCGGCAGAAGCAGAAAGACAUUGAAGUGCUGUACCAGGGAAUAGAGAGACUGGAUAAGGAAAAGGCUGACCGAGAGCAUCUGGAGAUGGAGAUUGAUGUAAAAGCGGACAAGAGUGCUCUGGCAUCCAAAGUGAGCCGCAUCCAGUUUGAUGCCACCACCGAGCAGCUGAACCACAUGAUGCAGGAACUGGUGGCCAAGAUGAGUGGCCAGGAGCAGGACUGGCAGAAACUUGUGGACAAGCUCCUGGCGGAGAUGGACAGCAAGCUGGACCGCCUGGAGCUGGACCCGGUGAAGCAGAUGCUGGAGGAUCGCUGGAAAUCGCUGCGGCAGCAGCUCAAAGAGCGCUCUCCACUCUACCAGGCAGACGAGGCAGCUGCCAUGCGGAGGCAGCUCUUGGCUCAUUUCCACUGCCUGUCCUGUGACCGUCCCUUGGAGACAGCUGUGACUGGACAAGUCAUCUCUAUGACCCCUAUAGUUCCCAGCAUGCCGGGGCACCGCUCUGUCCGGCCUUAUACUGUGUUCGAGCUAGAACAGGUCCGGCAGCAGAGCCGCAACCUGAAGCUGGGCGGCAGCUUCGCCCGAGGCGAUCUGUCGCAGAUGGAGAGGAGUGUGGGGCGCCUGCGCAGCAUGCACUCCAAGAUGCUGAUGGACAUCGAGAAGGUGCAGAUCCACUUUGGAGGCUCGGUGAAGGCCAGCAGCCAGAUGAUCCGAGAGCUGCUGCAUGCCCAGUGCCUCAGCCACCCGUGCUACAAACGGGGAGUAGACACGGCAGACUACACCUACUCAACUGUGCCCCGCCGCUGUGGCGGCAGCCACACCCUCACCUACCCUUACCGCCGAAACCGCCCGCAGCACCUGUCCCCGCUGGAGGAGAUCCAGAUUGCCAUGAAGCACGAUGAGGUCGACAUCUUGGGCCUUGAUGGACACAUCUACAAGGGACGAAUGGAUACAAGGUUGCCAGGCAUCCUGGGGAAAGAUGGAGUGGCAAAGCACAAGUCGAAGCAGCUGCAGCAGCUGCAGCAGUUACAACAGUUCCAGCAGCUGCAGCAGCUCCAGCAACUCCAGCAGGCCCAGCAUGCCCGGCCCCACAUGCACAGCAGACAGCCAUCCCUGGGCCACAGCGGCCUGCCGCCCUCUCGACCUCAGAGUGCUCAGACGGCUGACAGCAAUUCAGGGCGAAAGAAAGACAGACCUCUUUCCUCUGAGGGGCGCCUCACCCAGCCGAAUGUGGCCCACACAUCCACCCCCACAGAGAUGGCAAGUCUGCGGGGCAGCCCAGAUGGGCUGAACAUGCACAUGGGUGGGCACCCUGGGCAGGGGAUGGAGGAGCCUACCCGGGGCCCGAGGUCCACCACUGCUCACUAGACAGAGCUAUAAAUAAAAGUUUUAAAUAAGG